AUGCACGCGCAGCGCCCCUUGAUGUUGUCUGGCCAUGAGCGGUCUCUGACCCAGAUCAAGUUCAACGCGGAGGGCGACCUGCUGUUCUCGUGCGCGAAGGACUCCGUCGUGAACGUCUGGCAUUCGCACAACGGCGAACGGCUCGGCACUUACGACGGACACAACGGCACGGUGUGGACGGUCGACGUUGACACCACUUCGACCCUCCUCGUCUCCGGCUCCGCCGACAACUCGAUGAAGCUGUGGAACGUCCGAACAGGAGAGUGCCUGUACACGUGGGAAUUCCCCACGGCGGUCAAGCGAGUGGCAUGGAGCGAGGACGACUCGAAGGUGCUGGCUGUCACGGAGAAGCGCAUGGGCUACCCGGGAGGAGUCUCCGUAUUCAGCAUCAACCGCGAAGAGCCCAGUAACCAGUCCAAAGACCCGCUGUUCGUCAUCAAGCCGACGGGGUCGAAGGCGACGGUCGCAGCUUGGUGCGGUCUCGACGAGUACAUUGUCACGGCGCACGAGGACGGUACGCUCAACUUGUGGGACACCGAGGAGGGCUUGCUCUUCUUUGACAAGGAGGAGAAGGCGCACCACGGCAUCAUUACCGACCUGCAGAUGUCGCCGGACGGCACCUACUUCAUCACGUCCUCGAAGGACAAGACGUCCAAGGUCUGGUCUAUUGGUCCGCACAAGAGUUCGCACGGCGACGAGGAGUACCUGACCUUGAUCAAGACGUACGCCGGCGAGCCGCCUCUGAACAGCGCCGCGAUUGUGCCAGGCAAGCCGUAUGUCGUCAUGGGAGGCGGUCAAGAGGCGAUGAGCGUCACCACGACUGGCGCACGACACGGACACUUCGAGGUCCGCUUCUUCCAUCGAAUCUUUGAAGAAGAAGUCGCGCGCGUCAAGGGUGGAUUCGGACCGUGCAACACGGUCGCAACCCACCCGCAGGGUAAGGGCUAUGCGAUCGGCGGAGAGGAUGGCUAUGUCCGCGUCUUCCACUUCGACAAGGAUUUCUUCACCUCGCGACCUUACGGCAGUCUCGAGCCCGAGGUGGACUAG